GCGGGAUUUACCAGGCCCCCGGUGGAUCCUGCUCCCUGCUGAAGCUCAGCAAUUAACGCUAAUUAACCGCUGAUAAACGUGUUCCACCCCCCCCCAGAAUCGCUGAUUUGGGGCCCGACAGCUCCAAAUCGGACCCAAAUCCACCUCGCGGUUCUGUGUUUUUGUUUUCGCACCGGCACAGGCGCAUCUGAGCGCUUUGAUCCUGAUUCCUUUGUGCUCCCUCCAGGAGCGGGGCAGGAACAUCCCAGACCAUUCCCAUGGSGUGUUUGAGGCAUUUCUGACCCUCCCGAGCUGCUUUCCCUGGAAUCCCUAAAAAAAGGGAGCACAUCCCAUCACCCACCAGGGGAAGAUGCUUUCAUUUCCAAACCUGUCAGGUUUUUUUGGGAGGUGCGGUCAGUCCCGGCYGCUUGUUUUGCCCCUGGAGCGCACACGUGGGCCGUGUGGCUGUGUCAGAUCCGGGCAGCUGCUCCUUUGCCGGUGUUUUUAUUUGAGUCGGGAAGCCGCUGACGAGCAGUCGGUGGAACGAGUCGGGCAGGUCUUGGCCGGGCUGGGAUAGAGACCGGGCUGUUUCUCGUGGGUGCCAGUGUCGAGUCCCUCUCGGUGUAUGUGUGGUAACAACAUGUCUGUCCCCCUCCUCGCCGACGCUGUCACCGUGUCAGGGGCAGAGCGCGAGACUGCUGCGGUUAUUUUCCUACAUGGCCUUGGAGACACGGGGCACAGCUGGGCCGAUGCUCUCUCCUCCAUCCGCCUCCCCUACGUGAAAUACAUCUGCCCUCACGCGCCCCGGAUCCCGGUGACCCUCAACAUGAAGAUGGUCAUGCCCUCAUGGUUUGACCUGAUGGGAUUGACUCCAGAUGCACCUGAGGAUGAAGCUGGGAUCAAGAAAGCUGCAGAAAGCAUUAAAGCAAUCAUCGAGCACGAGAUGAAGAACGGGAUCCCCCCCAACCGCAUCAUCCUGGGGGGCUUCUCCCAGGGCGGUGCCUUGUCGCUGUACACGGCUCUCACCUGCCAGCACCAGCUGGCCGGGAUCGUGGCGCUCAGCUGCUGGCUCCCGCUGCACAAAGCCUUCCCCCAGGCAGCGAACAACGGUGUCAACAAGGACAUCGCCAUCCUGCAGUGCCACGGCGAGCUGGACCCCAUGAUCCCCGUGCGCUUCGGGGCCCUCACCGCCGAGAAGCUCAAAUCUGUCGUCACCCCCACCAAGGUGCAGUUCAAAACCUACCCCGGCGUGAUGCACAGUUCCUGUCCUCAGGAGAUGAUGGCGGUGAAGGAGUUCAUCGAGAAGCUGCUGCCCCGGAUCUGAGCGGAGCCCCUCGGGACUGUCGCAGGGGAGGGUGCCGAGGUCACUCACAGCUGUCCCCCGUGCCCCGCCCGCUGCAAUCGGAAGCCAUGGCCCCCACCGCCCCCUCGCCACACCCGCCCGCGCCCUCGCCCCGCCCGGCUCUCCCGCAGCUCCCACUCCGGAGCUGAGGCCAGUCUGGCUGUGGCCUUUUCUCUCCUGCUCCGGCUCCGAGCACUUCCCGGGGGGUCACGGUCCCCUCGGCGCCCCGCGGGGCUGGCACGGCGCGGGUGAGGUUUUGCUGUCGGGUUUGGGGUUUUUGUACCAGUAUUAGGGGCGGGACGUGCUCGGGUGCGGCGGGAGGAGCGGGGYGGGGCCGGGGCACCUGCGGGGCUCGGAGCUCUGCCCUCGGUGGCCGCUCCGCUCAGGCGACUCGCGGGUUUUCAAUCGGAGCUCAGGAACCCGGGACUCCCCUGCGGACGCCUCCAGGUCCCGGGCAGGCUCUGCCCCGGGCUGGCACCGCCAAAGGCUGCCCGGGGCCGGCGGGGAGGGUCAGCGCCGCUCCCGCACCUCCCGCACGGCCCCGCCUGUCACACACGCACACUCCCUCAGCCGUGGGGCAGCUCUGCCCUCUGAGAUAAUCACCUCCUUCCUCCUCCUCCUCCUCCUCUUGUCGCUUUUACAAUCUCCAUCUCCUGCUCGGCCCGCGGGGGUCCCAGGAUCUCACCCCCCAGCCCAGCUCUGCACGCUCGGAGCCCCCAAGCUUCGUUUACACUCACGGAGCCACAGCCCCGUCUUUAAUGUCUCUCUUGCUGCUACUCGUCCUUCCCUCGGGACUUGGAGAGGGACAGGUGAGGGGGGGUCCCUGGACCCCGGGUUURGCUCCUGGUGUGGCUGGAAGGAGCAGCUUUGCUCCCAACCAUCAUCUCACCAGCAUCUGAGCCCUGGGUGCUGCUGUGCCCCACCCUCCGUGCUCCCGGGGGUCUCUCUGCUCCCCGGGACUGGGGACUCUCCCCUCCUCCUGUACAAUCACCAGGGUCCCUGAGCUGUGGUUUGUCCCCUCCCGAGUGCUGCCAUCGUGCUGGGGUGCAGGGCCAGGGCCCCGAAUGUCCCCUCUGGGUGGGCUCCUGGCUGCCCCUCCCCUCCCACAGGGCCUGGGCAGCGGCUGUGGAGCAGCUCUGCCCUCACCCCCCUCUUCCCCCGGGCUGAGCCCCCUCCCGGGACUGAUCAUGGCUUUUAGAACACCCCACAUUCCCCUGGCCCCAGGGCUGGCCCCGCUGCCCCUCCCCGGCCCCAGGGAGCCUCUGCCCGGUGCCCCGGGGCCAGCGAGGCCGGAGCUGCCCGGGGGCUGCCCCGGGGGGCUCCGAGGGGGCUCUGGGGCUGCUCAGCCCCCCCGGUUCUGCUCCAGCCCUGCCCUCCCCGCCCGGGGUGCGCAAAGCAAUAACGGCCCUGCGCAGAGUCGGCUCGUGGGGCUUUGCUGGGGCUUUGUUUUUGGCCCCUUUUAGGAAGUCUGAAAGCAGCAGAGCUGCUGCUGGCACCGAGGGGAGCUGGGCUCUGCCCUGCCCGGGGCUCUGCCCUGCCCGGGGCUCUGCUCUGCCCUGCUGGCUCUUCUAUGCUGUGUUUUAAUGCUGCUGUGCCCCUGUCCCCCACGCUCGGGGUCACCAGGGGCUGGCUGGGGUGGGAGUGCAGCACCCUGGGGUCACCAGGGGCUGGUGCUGGCCAGACUGACCCGUUUGACUGUGAACUGGAACCAUGUGUGAUGGGGGGCCCGGGACCAUCCCCUCUGCAGAGCAUUCCUGCUCACUCCCUGCCCGAGCAGUGCCGGGAACGCGGGAGGGAGAACGGCUUCUCUCCAUUCCUCAAUACAGCUUUGGGAUUUUUUUUU